GUUGUUGGUGUCGGAGUGGCGCGGGGGGACGCAGUUCGUGAAGUACCAACUCGCCGGUUAUUCAUCGUGUGUUUCUACUGAAAGUUCAGCUGUAAAGAAAUAGCGGAGGAAACCUACAAGCGCAUAGAUGUCGGGGUUUGUGGAUGAGUACACGGCAGAUUACGAUCCGUAUGCCUACAAUGUUGACUACGACCUUCAUACUGGAGAUCCCAAGCAGGACCUUGCUUAUGAGCGACAGUAUGAACAGCAAACGUACCACGUGAUCCCUGAAGUAAUAAAAAAUUUCAUCCAAUAUUUCCACAAAACUGUCACGGACCUGAUUGACCAGAAAGUCUACGAACUACAGUCCAACCGCGUGUCCAGUGAUGUGAUCGAACAGAAGCUUUAUGAGAUUCAGGAUAUCUAUGAAAACAGCUGGAAUAAACUGACCGAGAGAUUCUUCAAAAACUCUCCCUGGCCAGAAGCAGAAGCUAUUGCCUCCAUAUGUCGAAAUGAUGCCGUUUUUCUUAUUCUGUACAAGGAGCUCUACUACAGGCAUAUUUAUGCUAAAGUUAGCGGUGGACCUACAUUGGAACAGAGGUUUGAAUCUUACUACAACUACUGCAAUCUGUUCAACUACAUUCUCAAUGCCGAUGGUCCUGUUCCCCUAGAACUCCCCAAUCAGUGGCUAUGGGACAUCAUUGAUGAGUUCAUUUACCAGUUCCAAUCUUUCAGUCAGUACCGCUGUAAAACAGCCAAGAAGACAGAGGAGGAGAUUGAAUUCCUGCGGUCAAAUCCAAAAAUCUGGAAUGUUCACAGUGUCCUCAACGUCUUGCAUUCCCUGGUGGAUAAGUCUAAUAUUAACCGUCAACUAGAAGUCUACACUAGUGGAGGAGACCCUGAGAGUGUCGCUGGGGAGUAUGGUCGUCACUCCCUGUAUAAAAUGCUGGGUUAUUUUAGUUUAGUGGGCCUACUGCGUCUCCAUUCACUUCUUGGGGAUUACUAUCAGGCCAUUAAAGUGCUUGAGAACAUCGAACUCAAUAAAAAGAGUAUGUACUCACGGGUGCCAGAAUGUCAAGUCACGACCUAUUACUACGUGGGCUUUGCCUAUUUGAUGAUGCGCCGUUACCAGGAUUCGAUCCGUGUGUUUGCCAAUAUCUUGUUGUACAUCCAGAGAACCAAGAACAUGUUUCAGCGCUCAACCUACAAAUACGAAAUGAUAAACAAGCAGAAUGAACAGAUGCACAGUCUGUUGGCGAUCGCUUUGACCCUAUACCCAAUGAGAAUUGACGAGAGCAUCCACACCCAGCUGCGAGAGAAGUAUGGGGACAAGAUGCUGCGUAUGCAGAAAGGAGAGAUGCAGAUAUUUGAGGAGCUAUUCAGUUUUGCCUGUCCCAAGUUCUUGUCGCCAGUGGUACCAAAUUAUGACUCAGUCCAUGCCAACUAUCACAAGGAGCCGUUCCUGCAGCAACUGAAAGUGUUUAUGGAUGAGGUACAGCAGCAGGCGGUACUUUCCACCAUCCGGAGCUUCCUAAAGUUAUACACCACAAUGCCCGUCAUCAAGCUGGCUGGAUUCCUGGACAUGACGGAGCAGGAAUUUCGCAUCAACCUCCUGGUCUUCAAGCACAAGAUGAAGAACCUGGUGUGGACAAGUGGGAUUUCGGCCCUCGAUGGUGAAUUUCAGUCUGCUUCUGAGGUGGACUUCUAUAUUGACAAGGACAUGAUCCACAUUGCAGAUACCAAAGUGGCCAGGCGAUACGGAGACUUCUUCAUCAGGCAGAUUCACAAGUUUGAGGAGCUCAAUCGAAGCCUGAAGAAAAUCAACCCACGAUAAUAGAUGUGAAGAAGACGUGAAGAGCGCUGCUUCCCAGCAACUGAUGGUUUCUGAGUCGUUGCUCCUAUAUAUCUGAAGAGCUGGAUGUGUCACUUGGAUAUAUUCAGCCAGAGAUAAAUUAACUCAUGACUCCUGGUUACAACUAAGCCUUCUGAUAUGUUUGUAUACAGCUCAUUAGUACUCAACAAGACCCAAGGCCAAUUUUGUCUGAAGCAUAAGAUUGCUCUAUUGAGUUAACAUAAAUAAAAUUCAACUAUUCAUCUAUUUCUAAUAACUAACUGUCACUAUAGUUCUGAUUAAAACAACAUAUCACAAUACAUCUGUAUUGCCAAGCCUUGGUGCUUUUUGCAAAAGCAGAUGAUAUAUACACAAACACUGAAGAUCGCUCUCUUCAGCAACACACACAAAACGUUGGAGGAACUCAGCAGGCCGAGCAGCAUCCAUGGAAAAGAGUACAGUCGACGUUUCAGGCUGAGACCCUUCAUCAGAGCUCUUUUGUUUACUCUUCCAUAGAUACUGCCUGGCCUGCCGAGUUCCUCCAGCAUUUUGUAUGUGUGUAUUGCUUUGGAUUUCCUGCAUCUGCAGAUCUUCUUGUGUUUGAGGUCUAUCUCUUCACUAAUUUUCAAGAGGUGUUUGGGAAAACUCCACUGAAAUAUAACUGUCAAGUUAAUAAGGACAAAAAACUUGUUCAUGGCUCCAUCUAACCAUCUAUAAAACAUCUGCCAUGGAGAUCUAUCUGUAAUUGGUUUUAUUUACAUUGACAAUCUCGAUUUAUUUGGUUAAUUUAACC